UUGGUGGGGUUUCGCGAGAGAAAGCUGGCGGGAGGGAGAACCUGCGGCGGUCGCUGCCUGUAGGGCUCUGCGAGGCCGUGACGUCCGCGGAGGCGGGGCCCGCCGGGCGCAGAAAUGUUUUUCCUGCAGGACCCAAGUUUCUUCAGCAUGGGGAUGUGGUCCAUUGGGGCAGGCGCUCUGGGGGCUGCUGCCUUGGCACUGCUCCUGGCCAACACAGAUGUGUUUCUGUCCAAGCCCCAGAAAGCAGCACUGGAGUAUCUGGAGGACAUUGACUUGAAAACACUAGAGAAAGAACCAAGGACUUUCAAGGCAAAGGAGUUAUGGGAAAAGAAUGGAGCUGUGAUUAUGGCUGUGCGGAGGCCAGGCUGUUUCCUCUGUCGAGAGGAGGCUGCAGACCUGUCUUCCCUGAAACCCAAGUUGGACGAGCUGGGCAUCCCCCUCUACGCAGUGGUGAAGGAACAUGUCAGGACUGAAGUGAAAGACUUUCAGCCUUACUUCAAAGGAGAAGUCUUCCUAGAUGAAAAGAAAAAGUUCUAUGGUCCACAAAAACGCAAGAUGAUGUUCAUGGGAUUCAUCCGUGUAGGGGUGUGGUACAACUUCUUCCGGGCCUGGAAUGGAGGCUUCUCUGGAAACUUGGAAGGCGAAGGUUUCAUCCUCGGGGGAGUUUUUGUGGUGGGAUCAGGAAAACAGGGCAUUCUUCUGGAGCACCGUGAAAAAGAAUUUGGAGACAAAGUAAACCUGCUUUCCGUUCUUGAAGCUGCUUCGAAGAUCAAAGCGCAGACUUGGGCUUCAAAGGAAAAAUGAUCACGAGACUGGGGGGCUUGGAUAGCUGUGGGUGCACACCUGUGUUCAUGCAAUGUCAUCUGUUUCCAGCAAUUCCCUGAGGAGUUACAGCUCACUAUACCAUAGUCUCACUAUGGAUUAGUAAUGUCUUUAAGAUUGCUCUCUGUUUAGGCUCAAUAAGGCCAAUAGUCGUAAAACAAGACUGAUAAAAAUGUAAGGAAUCAGUGAUUGUUAUUUUAGUUAAGACCUGGAAAAUAUGAGGCUUAAAGUCACCUGUUGCAGUUCAGUACAGAUGUGUGUGGUGUUUGAGUGCUGUAAUCUGAAAUGAUUUUUUUUUAAUAUUUUAAAAAAUCUAAGAAAAGUUGAGCCUAGGGUAUAGCUCAGUGGUGUGAGUCUAUCCCAGCAUGCACAAGGUGGCCGUAGGUUGCAUCCCCAGCAUUAAAAAAAAAAAAAUGAAGCAAAAUUGAUGAUUGACUUGAAGAUUAGAAAAUGUAAGGCUUUUGGUUUGUCUGUUUCUCUUAAUGGCUAGUAAUACUCAUAUAAAGGGAUUGAUGUAUUAUGGGAUAGUUUGAUAAAGGUAAAUUAUAAAGUGAAAUCUCUGUUUCAUUGUCUUCCCUUCUAGCCUCGGAGAUUUGUUUUUCUAAAAGUAAUCAUUUCUGACUCUAAUAAAAUUAUG